AUGAAGUACCCUGAAUACAAUGAUAUUUGAAUUUGUAGUAUGCACUGCGGUGUCCCCCUACUGUAUUUUGUUAGGGGAAUCCAGCUUUCAUUUUUAGUCAGGCUUAAUGCCUGUCUGUACUGAGGCAUCAGCAGUGAUAGCAGCGCGUGAUUGCGUGUUGUGCUGUAUCCUGCCGAGAAUAUGUGUGUGCGCUCACUUUCACAUACACGUGUGUAUCGAUUGCCAGUACAUUCAUCGCUCAGACGUGUUACAUCCUCACUGCUUUAGACACGUGUUGUCUGGCCGCCAAGCGAGGUCUGUGGCAUGCUGAAAGCCAUCGGCUCUCUCAACGGCUAGAAAGUCAUUACCGUUCACCAAACAUCUGUCCAUCAAUACUAAACCAUUAGUACCUUCAGUGGUGCUCUUACGUAUCGUAAAAAGCUGUGUUCGGUUCCAUCCAUCUCGCCCGCCCCAACCCCGCUUGUGUGUCUGAUCUAUAAAUAGACCGUCUGUACAUGGCACUGGUCAUGUGACUAAGGAUCAAUGUGGGAAAUGGGCAUUAAAAAGGUCAGUAAACCUGAUUUACCAAGGCACUCUUGAUGUGAGCGUGUUUGGGUUGCAGUAAACGUGAUCAGUGGGUUCUCUGACAGUUAUCGAUCACGUCAGCAACAACGAAGCACAAAAAUACAUUCGUAAACCCGGCCCAAACUGAGGUACAAACAUUCAUACAAAAUAAACUGUUUCGAUUUUGCAUUGCCUACAUUGAUCCUGAACGUCUUGCCCGAUCCAUGCAGAACGGAUUCUGGGACUGUUUUGUCAGUUUUCGUAACACGGAGCAAAUGUAAUGCCGCGCGCAUCUGUAUGCAGCUCUCUGCAGGAACAGAAGGAAGACCUGCGCAAACGUCUCUCCUACACCACUCAUAAGCUGGAGCUUUUAGAGCGUGAGUUUGACUCCACCAGGCAGUACCUGGAGACUGAGCUGCGCCGAGCCCAGGAGGAGCUUGACAAGUUCACCGACAAAUUACGCCGAAUACAGAGCAGUUACUCAGCACUGCAGAGGAUCAACCAGGACUUAGAGGAUAAAAUCCACCGAAAUUCACAGCACCACGAUGAUGAGAAACGGGCUCUUAGCAGAGAAAUCAUCGUCCUUAACAAUCAUCUAAUGGAAGCUAAGAUGACCAUUGAGAAACUGAGAGAGGACAAUGACUUGUACAGAAAGGACUGUAACCUGGCUGCACAGCUCUUGCAGUGUAAUAAGUCACAUUACAGAGCCCAGUUAUCUGAGUUGCCUGCAGACUUUCAGGAGCGUGUAAGCUUGCACAUGGAGGGUUCUUCCCUCUGCCACUCCCCAUAUGCCGACACAGUGCCUGCCUCUGUCAUUGCUAAGGUCCUAGAGAAACCGGAUGAGGUCUGCAGCAGUCAAGCCUCUCGCUCACCCAGCCCACAACCCCAGGAACGCCAGGGCUUCCUUGUGGGCACAAGCCUUGUGGGUAGCACUGAGCGCCUUGGCCUCCGAGCAACUUACAAAUCAGACCUGUACAGCAGUGACACAGCACUUUAUUGCCCUGACGAACGGAGACGAGAGCGCAGACCCAGCAUGGACGUCCAUGGACAGCGGACAGUGUAUGAACCCCAGAACUCCACUGAUAGCAACCCAGAAGAGGGAUCUAUGUCUCUGCAGCCCGGCUUCUCGCAGGACCACUUCCGAAAGUUUACAACCUCUCUGGGAGGAGGCUCUAGCUCUUACUCCAGCUUUAGUGGAGGAGGGUCAGAGGACAAGGGUCAGGAUCCUCCGAGCAGUGCUGCAUCUUCUCCACGCCACCACGGCCUUUACAUGGACUGGAGAGAUGGUGGCGAAUACGAGCACAAGAGCGACUCUUCCUGGGAGAGGGAGAGUCCAAGCGCCUUUUCCAAGGGUCACACUUUUCAACCGCCUGAGUCCAGCCACCAUCAGAAUGGUAGCUCACCCAUCUACAGCAGAACAAUGUCCUCUUGUUAUAGUGAACCUUACGAGCCCCUGCCACCUUCCACCUCACCCAGCAUCACCUAUGGUGACAGUCGGCGUGGAAGUGCUUUUGCUCCUGAGGAAGAAGAGCUGAUUGGUCGGUGGCGGCAACUGAGUGUAGAAGAUCUGAGUGCCCACUCAUACCGCAGUCCUGGACGGGCCUCACCCUACAGCUUCUCUGAACAGCACUUCUCUGUCCGGCCUGCAAAGAUUCGCCUUGGUCCUCUCUACAGUAGCUUCCAGGAGGGUACUGAUGUAUAUCACCAUCAUGCUGGGGUACUAGAUCCGUUCUCUAGCCCCAGCCCUGAUUGCAGCCCAGGCCUACGGCAGCAACAAAGCCAACCUCACCUGUACCGCUCCAAGGAGGAUAGCCAAGAGUCCGAGCACAGCCUCUACAGCCCCAAGGAUGGUGGGGUGGCAGCCGGGGGCCAGGCAACGGAGUACGUUGACGUAAGUCCCAACAGUUCAAAUGAGUCACUGGACCAUGGAUCUCUGGAGAUGGCUGCCGAGCUGCAGCAUUACCAACCCGAGAGGCACAGCGUGUCCCCUCAGGGAACAACCCCACCACCUCCUCCACAACAACCGUACCAAAAAUUUGGCACACUAGGGCUGUCACGUAAGGACAGUCUCACCAAGGCACAGCUCUAUGGUACUCUACUAAACUAAGAGCAGAGUUUCCCGGUUACUCUCUUUUACAGCUCUGUGGUACUCUACUAAACUAAGAGCAGGGUUUCUGGGUUACUCUCUUUUACAGCUCUAUGGUACUUUACUAAACUAAGAGCAGGGUUUCCGGUUUACUCUCUUUUGUCAGUAGGUUUUGAAUGUUAAGCUACAGUUUGAGCCAAACACAUGAUGGGAUUUUCUGUUGAAUAUUUUUAGUCCAUCAGCUCUGUUAUCAUUUUUUUCUCUCUAAUUCUGUAUCUGUUACAGUGUUUUCUAAACAUCUAACAUGAAUUGCUCAUGUUUCUACAGUUAAUAUGAAGCUCUAACAUUCAGCACUAUUUGUAUAGCCUAUUUUGAAAGUUUAUUAAUGGUUCUGUGUGGUUUGUGAGAAAGUAUUUUAAGUGCAUUAGGUGCAUUAUGAAUUUUUUGAAACUUGUCUGGAGAGAGAGAGAGAGAUUUACUUUGUUUUACCAAAAGCCUUCUGGGCUCAUAAAGGUUUUGUGAAUGGGCAGCACAUGCUAUGUAAAAAAAUGCUAAUUUUGACAAGAAAUUUGAUCUUUUAUUAUAUAAUUUAUGAAUAGCUGUAUUUAUUGUUAAGUAUGCUAUAUCUAUAAUUGUUUAAUAAAUGUAACACUAUGGACAGAUUCUAAAAUCUAUAUAAUUGUAAAUUAUUUAUAUUGCUAUAAAUAAGGCAAUCAGCACAAUUAUACACACCGCAAACAAUUACACAUGCCUCAAAUGAAGUUAAGUCAUGAUGACAAUUUGAGAUUUCACAACGACCCACUGACAGAUCGUUCCACAGGCUUGUGGGACGAGACCUUGUGAAGAUAUUUUUGAGAAUAAACUCUGCAUGGAUUCAUAUUACCCUAAUUCAGCCCUUGAAGAUCAAGUCUCAACCAAAGCGAUACUUCUAAUCUAUUUCUAUUUCAAAUAGAUUUGAUACUACUUAAAUCUAUUACACCAUCAAACAAGUAUAUAUUGAAAGCACUGGGCAUUUUUUUAAACUCCUGAUGUGUUUUGUUGGGCGAUGGAAUUUCUGAGGUGAUUGUUCUUUUCGAUGUUUUCUCUCUUUUGUUCCUCAGUGCUGUAAGCCCCUCCCUCAGGCCCUCUCUACCUCACGAUUCAAUCCCUCUCUUCUUUCUUAAUCAGCUGGGAUCCUGUGUCAGUUGACACAAUGAUGCAUGACUCUGUUUCUUCUGUUUUGCUUUCUAUAUCUAAUAAAGCACAAUAGUUGCACCA